UCAUCAUCAUCACCGUUCUUAUUGUCAUCAUCUUCCUCUUCUCUUUUCCUUUCCCUCUUCCUUCCCGGCCUUUCCUUCCGGUCUGCCUCCAGCCCAUGGGGUGAUUGUAUUGGUUUCUUUUGUCUUCUUUUCCCUUGGGGUGCCAUGUGAUUUGACUCUUUCUCAUUCUUCUUGUCCUCCUCCUCAUUCAUCAUGAAGCUCGUCAAUCCGGCUCGUUGCUGCCUGGCAGCUGCUGUACGCCUGCGUGCCUCCCCCAUGGAGUUCUUCGAUCAUUUCUGGGACUUCACUCGUCGCUAUUUCUUUGCGCUCACCCUGAUGGCCCUGUUCGGUGCUAAACUUCUUCAUCUCUACGCCCACAUUCACUCCUUACCUCCAUCCAAAUUCCUUCUGUGGGGAGUCACCUUCUUUACCCAGGAUGUGGUGCUCGUGCUGUUGGUGCGCAUUCUCACCCAGAAACUUCCGUGGCGGUCGGUCGCCGCUCUCUCCGCCUUGAUCGUCGUCCCGUUCAGUCUGAUCAUGUCCGGAAUGACCGCUGCCAAUGCCUCCUUUUACGUGUUCACCGGCGCCGAAAUCCACUGGCGACAGGCCACCACGUUCCACCACGAUGCCGCCGCCAUACGCACCCUGUUGACCGGGUUGACGGGCUUCUUGAUCGUCGAGGGCAUCAUGCUCACGGUCGCCUGGUUCGUAGCGGCCCCAUUGCAUCGGGCGGUGGGUGGCAUCCUCCGCAUCCUGGCACAACCCUUCAAAUGCUGCGCGAGCUGCGUGCGAACGUGGAUCCCCAAGACCGCCUCGAUGCGGGACCCGGAGCGAUACGACCAUCUCUCUGAAGACGACUAUUUGGACGACAAGAGCGACGACGGGUCGUCCAUCCACCUGCUGGAGCCCUACGGCGCCGUUGCACCGCCUCGCCAGGUCGGACACUCGCUGGCACGCCGUUUGGCUGUCUGGAUCCCCUUCGUCGGCCUGUUCCUGCUGCGCGUGGUUCGCCCGUGGGAUCCCGCAUACAUGUUCCUCUCCGAGGCGUUGCCCGUCGCUCCCUUCCUCGGACAUUACCGAGUCUCCCCGGUUCGUGCGGAAGGACUCCCGGGUGACUAUGGCUGGUUAGAGGGUCAGACGGCGUUGGAGCGACCUCCCCAGUGGGCCUGGUUGCCCAAGCAGCCCCUGCCUGGCUUCGGGGACUGGAACCAAACCGAAAAGAACCACCCCCCACUUCGACACUACGACCCCAACCGGGACCCUCUGCACAUUUCCAACCUCGACAGCCCGCUUCUCGACCCCUUACACGCAGCCCUCUCCAGCGGUAAUGUCAACAUCAAACACGUCAUUCUGCUUAAGCUCGAAAGCACGCGGGGCGACGUCUUCCCCUUGAAGAACGGCACCUUCAUGUGGGAUCGGAUCGCCGAAACCUACCCCGACAAGAAAAUUCCCAAGGACGUGCAAAAGCGCAUCGCCAACCUGACUCGAACAGCCGAGUGGCUGACCGGCUCUGACGCCGGCUACAAGCACGACAUGGUCAAGGACUAUGGACGUCGGUCGUACGGCGGCAUCAGCGCCAGCAACGCCUUUACCACGGGCACCUACACCCUGAAGAGUCUGGUCGGAACCCUGUGCGGGGUGACGCCCCUGGUGGCCGACUUCAACCGCGAGUAUGAGCAUCACAUCUACCAGCCUUGCAUGCCGCAUCUCCUGAAUGCCUUGAACCAAAUGCCCGAUGUGCGCGAGAACAGCACCUUCCCCACCUCUAAGGACUACCGCGCCUGGCCGUGGCACUCCGUCUGGAUGCAGUCCGUCACCGACACCUACGACAACCAGGACAAACUGACCCCGAAGCUGGGCUACUUCGACGUCGUCACCAAGGAGACCAUGGAGAACCCCAAGGCGAAGCACUAUCCCGUCAAGGAGAAGGAGGUCAACUACUACGGCUAUCCGGAUAAGGUCCUGGGCGACUACGUCCGAGAUGCCAUCGACGUGGCGGAGCGCAACCACACUCGCCUGUUCCUGACCCAUCUGACCGGUACUACGCAUCACCACUGGGGCAUGCCGAACGACACCUACGAAUCCAUCGUUGGGUCGACCAGCUCGGGAUCUAACAACGAUCUCAACCGCUACCUCAACACCAUCGGCUAUAUUGACGAGUGGCUGGAGGAGAUCAUCGGGAUCCUGAACGAAAAGAAGAUCAUCAACGAGACCUUAAUCGUGAUGGCUGGUGAUCAUGGUCUUUCCCUCCCCAACGACGGCGGCGUCACUCCCUACGACAACCCCCACGUCGGCAGCUUCCACGUUCCGCUGCUCUUCGCGCACCCGCACCUCCCCCAGAUCGAGGUCUCCACCCCGGUUAUUUCGCAACAAAUCGUCCCCACCAUUCUCGACCUCCUUAUUCAGUCUCACUCCCUCGGCCCCGACAGCAGCCACGCCGCGCAGGACCUCCUCUCCAUGUACGAGGGCCAGUCGAUGAUCCGCCCGCAGAUCCCCGAAAAGGACGGCCGGCAGAACUGGCAGUUUACCGUGAUGAACACGGGCGGCUCAUGGCUGGCCGUGCGCUCCGCCGCCCACCCGUCCUACCGGCUGGUGAUCCCGCUCGUCGACGACGUCGAAUGGCGGUUCACCGACCUUUCGCAGGACCCGAUCGAGCUACAUCCCGUCAAAAACUUCAACUUGGUCGACCUGGCCAAGACGCUCGAGGCGGAGUACAAUCCCGACGUAGUCGACUGGGUGCGGGAUGCCGCCCAUGUGGCUGAGUGGUGGGUCACGGAGAACUGGAUGCGGUACCGUUAUAGACGGCAGGGGAGGAAGGAGUAGAAGAAUUCCAAGAUGGGGAUUCUUGGAUGUUGCAUUCGUUGCAUUGCAGCAGCCCAAAAAAUUGGGUUUCGUUCGAUGACGACGGACCCUUGUACAGAUGAUUUCACUCUUCCUUGUAAAUAUUGGUUCACAUACUUUUGCUAGCAUGAUGAUUUAUGUGUUUUCUUCUUGGACCAUGGUCGAUCUAAUUUAGCAUGUGGAUGUUUCUCUGAAUGGAAUUACUCAUGACAGUC